AUGUUUGCAGCAGCAACAACAUCGUCGUCUGGCAGCCAGGCGGUGGUGGUGCGUGUCUGCUGGAGGAGAGCAGCAGCAGCAGCAGCCACCGGCACGGCACCAUUUUCCAUUUCGGCCGUGACACGCUCGGCCUCGACAUCAGCAGCAAGGCGGCCCAGUUUUGUCCACCCACGACGGCGACAAGCCCAGCCGCUUCAGACGCACAGCCAUAUCCGCCCCAACCGGCUGCGGUUCUUCUCCUCGAGCCAGCGUCGGCGCAACGACAAUGCCGCUACCGAUUCGUUCGACCCCCAGAGCAUCGAGCGCGAGAGCGACCAGGUGGACGUGUGCAUCAUUGGCGGUGGGCCGGCCGGACUGAGCGCGGCCAUCCGGCUGAAGCAGCUGGCCAACGAGGCUGGCAACGAGGACUUCCGUGUGCUGCUGCUGGAGAAGGCGGGCGAGAUUGGCGCACAUAUCCUGUCGGGCGCGGUGAUACAGCCAGACGCGGUGCAGGAACUGAUCCCCAACUGGCUGGACGAGGACAACCCGGACCGAUUUGAAUUUGCCACGCCGGCUGGCAAGGACAAGAUGCGCUUCCUGACCAAGACCAUGUCCUUCCCGGUGCCGGCGCCGCCGCAGAUGCACAACCACGGCAACUACAUUGUGAGCCUGAACCAGUUCGUCAGCUGGCUGGGCGCGCGAGCUGAGGAGGUCGGCGUCGAGGUAUACCCGGGUUUUGCGGCGUCUGAGGUGCUAUACGCGGCAGACGGAUCAGUGCGCGGCGUGGCUACCAACGACGUCGGCAUCGGUCGCGACGGCCGGCCCAAGGACUCGUUUGAGCGCGGUAUGGAGUUCCAUGCCCGCGUCACCCUCUUCGCCGAGGGCUGCCACGGCAGCCUGACGAAGCAGGUCAUCAAGCGCUUCGACCUGCGCCGCGACAGCGACCUGCAGACUUACGGCCUCGGCAUCAAGGAGGUCUGGGACGUGCGACCGGAGGUGUUUCGCCGCGGCGAGAUCGUCCACUCGCUCGGCUACCCGCUACCCUACGACACAUACGGCGGCUCGUUCAUGUACCACUUUGGCGAGAACCUAGUCAGUAUCGGGCUCGUGACUGCGCUCGACUACCCGAACCCAUGGAUGUCGCCGUACAACGAGUUCCAGAAGCUAAAGCAGCACCCGAUGUUCCGCGCCGUGCUGGAGGGCGGCAAGUGCAUCUCGUACGGCGCGCGCGCCUUGGUCGAAGGCGGCUUCCAGUCGAUUCCCAAGGUAGCCUUUCCGGGCGGCGCCAUCGUCGGCGACUCGGCCGGCUUCGUCAACGUGCCCAAGGUCAAGGGCACACACAACGCGAUGCGAUCGGGCAUGUUGGCGGCCGAGGCAGCCUGGAAAGCGAUGGGGCACGCGGCCACGACGGACGAGGAGGACGCUCCGGUCGAGGAAGAAGAAUACGGCACCAGCCGGGACCACGGCAACACAGUGUUUCUGUACGACUACGAGGACGCGCUGCGGCGGUCGAGCAUCUGGAAGGAGCUGCACGAGGUGCGCAACAUGCGGCCGUCGUUCCAGACGCCGCUCGGGCUGUACGGCGGGCUCGUCUACUCCGGUCUCGAGGGCUUUGUGCUGCGCGGCCGCGUGCCGUGGACUCUGCGCCACCGACACGCCGACCACGCGGCCACGCGGCCAGCAGACCAGUGCCGCCGCAUCGAGUACGCCAAGCCGGACGGCAAGAUCAGCUUCGACAUUCUGACGAGCGUGUCGCGCACCGGCACGAACCACGAGGAGGACGAGCCGGUGCACCUGCAGGUCAAGGACUGGAAAAAGCACACGGCCGAGACGUUUCCGGCUUUCCAGGGGGUCGAGAACCGGUUCUGUCCGGCGGGCGUGUACGAGUAUGUGGACGACGCGAGCCAGCCGGAGGGCGUCCGGUUCCAGAUCAAUGCACAGAACUGCAUCCACUGCAAGACGUGCGAUAUCAAGGCGCCCAACCAAGACAUCAACUGGCAGGUGCCCCAGGGCGGCGAAGGCCCAAAGUACUAUAUGACGUAA